CUACAAAUUCUUCCCCCAAAUUCAUUGGUGAAAAGCUCGAACCUUUCUCCCAAGUAGUUCUCAAUGUGGCGAGCCGUAGCCACCGAAGCCAAGCACAUGGCAAAGUUCCUCGGCGUCCUCCACCUCACCCACUCCUACCUCCUCUCCGCUUCCAUCGGAGUGGGACCCAGUAUGCUCCCCACCUUGAAUGUGAGCGGCGACAUCAUGCUGGAGGAGCACGUGUCCCAUCGAUUAGGGAGAAUCGUCCCCGGUGACGUCGUCAUAGUUCAGUCUCCCGAUGACCCCAAGAGAAUGGUGGUCAAGCGGGUCUUGGGCUUGGAGGGGGAUAAGGUCGCUUUUUUCGACCCCCAUCGGAUUUUUCGGCACAGUUCUGCUGUGGUUCCUAAGGGGCAUGUUUGGAUUCAAGGAGACAACGUUUAUAAUUCUCAUGAUUCACGGUCACAUGGACCUGUGCCUUACGGUCUUAUACAUGGCAGAGUAUUUUUCAAGGUAUGGCCGCCUGAUGGCUUUGGAUUUAUUAGAUGACUAACCAUAAAGAAGAUUAUAUUGCUGAAGGUUCAGAUCCUGUGAUUUCAGUUAGACUUCAUUAUUCAUGUUGCCUCUUAGACUCCAGAAGAUCACUCGGGUUUGAUUCCGCGGACAUCUACACCCUUUCUCUAUCAUGAUGAAAACUAACCAUAGAAAUGUCCAGUCUCCUAUCUGAUCUCCUCAUCAACCUCUCUAUACAAUUGUGAACAUCAUGUAGCAAUUUUGUCACCUGUAACAAAGCAAGCAACUUCAAAUUAUGUACAUGUCUGAGCUCUGUUCUCUCUUC